AGACAGUGAGUAUCUAAGUGAGACUAGAGAACAGGUUAGGGUCAGCAGUGUGUGCAUGCGUGUAACAUAACAGCACUCAGCAGCAUCAGCGUAAUCGCGUGUGUGCAGUGCGGAGCCGCAUCGGAGUAGUUUAAAUUUUCGUGGCGAGCAUAAACAUAAGCAUAACCAAGUGUACUUAUAUUGCACGCUAGUUCCUAUUUUCACACAGAGCGUAGGUAUAUAAGACGCCGAGAAAAUCUCUCUCACUAUCCUUUCGCGAGGCCAUCGGAGCGAGGCGGCGCUCUCGGGACCCACUUUUUUUAAAACAUAAUGCACAACUGAGACACUGUGUAGAGUAUAGAGAGGAGCGUGUCUACCUAAGUUCGAAAGAGAGUGCGAGCGAGAAAGAGUGAUGGCACAGCUGGUCGAUGCGUUGAGAGAGCGUGAUUUCAAAGUGUUGCGCGUGGUUCCUCCGACUUGCUGCUGCUGCUGCUGCUGUUGCUGUGAAUCAUCCUCGUCGUAUUGUGUGUGACUAAACAUUUCAUUUCCUUUCACUCUGUGUGUAUCCCCCCUGUGAGCGAAAUUGAGUGCGGUGUGCAGCAUUGGGUGCAGAAGAUUUUUUUCGGCACGUCGACUCAUAUGACAGUUAUAUACAUAUAUUUAUAUAUACCUUAUAUACAUCAGUUCAGUAGUCGGCUGCUAUUAUAGCUGCUAAUUGCUAUACCCGCCUGAGCUGACGACGUUCCGCGCAACACGAAGUCGCCGCGAGAGAUUUCUUGAAAGAGUACAAAGAACAACAAGGAGCUGCAUUUAAACCUCCAAGAUGUUCAGCUGGCUCAGCAAGGAUGACUCUCACAAGCAGGAACUGUUUGAGAAUGUCACAGAGGGUCUCAAGAAGAUCUAUAAGACUAAACUACUGCCACUGGAGCAAGCAUAUCAGUUUCAUGACUUUCACUCCCCACAACUGGAUGAUCCUGACUUUGAUGCCAAGCCCAUGAUACUUCUGGUGGGACAGUAUUCUACUGGUAAAACAACGUUCAUUAAGUAUCUGCUGGAGCGAGACUUUCCUGGAAUUAGAAUUGGACCAGAACCAACUACCGACAGAUUUAUUGCUGUUAUGUAUGACGAUAAAGAGGGUGUUAUCCCUGGUAAUGCCCUCAUCGUUGAUCCACAGAAACAGUUUAGGCCACUUACCAAGUUUGGAAACGCCUUCCUCAAUCGAUUCCAGUGCUCCACAGUUAACUCGCCAGUGUUGAAAGGCAUUUCUAUAGUUGAUACUCCUGGAAUACUUUCUGGAGAGAAACAAAGGGUGGACAGAGGCUACGACUUCACUGGAGUACUAGAAUGGUUUGCAGAAAGAGUAGAUAGAAUAAUUCUUUUAUUUGAUGCACAUAAGCUAGAUAUAUCUGACGAAUUUCGUCGAUCAAUUGAAGCUCUACGGGGACAUGAUGAUAAAAUUAGGAUUGUUUUAAACAAAGCUGAUAUGAUCGAUCACCAACAACUCAUGCGUGUUUAUGGUGCUCUCAUGUGGUCUCUUGGUAAAGUCCUACAAACACCAGAAGUUGCUCGUGUUUAUAUUGGAUCUUUCUGGGAUCAACCUUUAAGAUAUGAUGUUAAUAGAAGAUUAUUUGAAGAUGAAGAACAAGACCUAUUUAAAGAUAUGCGUUCACUGCCUCGAAAUGCUGCAUUAAGAAAACUCAAUGAUUUAAUCAAAAGAGCACGUCUAGCAAAGGUACAUGCAUAUAUUAUUAGUGCUUUGCGUAAAGAUAUGCCCUCUGUAUUUGGUAAAGAUAAUAAGAAAAAAGAGCUGAUAAAAAAUUUGGGACAGAUUUAUGAUCAAAUUCAACGCGAACAACAGAUAUCACCAGGCGAUUUUCCAGAUCUCAAAAAAAUGCAAGAAAAUCUAGCUCAUCAUGACUUCACCAAGUUUAAUAUUCUCAAACCUAGAUUAUUAGAAGUUGUAGAUAAAAUGCUUUCAGACGAUAUUGCUAAACUUAUGGCAAUGAUCCCACAUGAAGAAAGUAAUACAACUUCAGACCCAGUUAUAAAAGGAGGAGCAUUUGAAGGAGUUGAAGAUCAAGCAAGUCCAUUUGGAUACAAGAAAGGUGAAGGUAUAGAUGCAGGUUCUAAUGAACCAGAAUGGAUUGUUAUGAAAGAAAAGUAUAAAUAUGAUUCUUUGUUUGAAUCUCUUGGACCUUCUGAUGGAAAAAUUACUGGUGCAGCUGCUAAAUCUGAAAUGGUUAAAUCUAAAUUACCCAACACUGUGCUUGGAAAAAUCUGGAAACUGUCAGACGUUGACAAAGAUGGGUACCUUGAUUCUGAUGAAUUUGCUUUGGCCAUGCAUCUAAUCAACGUUAAAUUAGAUGGACAUGAAGUGCCCGCAGAAUUACCAAGUCAUUUGAUACCUCCAUCAAAACGCGAUCUAUGUCACAAAGCUUGAAAGACUUUAAUGGAGAAACUGGAAUAAAGAUUCAAUGAUAGAAUUUAUUUUAAAUUGAAAAAUGAAUAAGUAUAAAAGAAUUACGAUAUUAAUAUCGUAAAAUAUGUAAAUGUGCAAGUUCAUGAGAACGAUCGUAGGCAAAUGAUAUUGUUACUUUUUGUAUACUAGUUAAAAAGAAGGUGGAUGCACAGAAUUAUUUUUUUAAAUCUAUAUGUGAUUGUGUACGUGACUGAUUAAUGUGAUUGAAGCAAAGCUAGCUAUCACAUAAAAUAACUAUAACAAUUGUAUAUUAUACUAGAUGUUAUUUUAUAGCAACGAAAUUUAUUAUAAACAAAUCAACUAUCACAAUCACAGUUAAUCGUCGUGCAUUUUUCUGCAUCGUAUAUUAACGAUGUGUCGGUCCAAAAUCGUACUUUCGAGAGAGUAUUGUCAAAAAAAUAAAUAAAUAAAAAUAACGUAAGAGUUCAAACUUAAGCUUAUAAAACAAUUUUACACGGUAAGUCUUUUGCAAAUCGACACUUUAUACAAUAUUAUUUCUAUACAAUUACAAAUUUGUUAUAUUUAUUGCAUUGUAUGUGUAAUAUACACGCACAAAUGUGCACAUGCACGCCACGUGUGAAAUGUAUAACAUUUAUAACUGAUAGAUUUAAUUAAAAAAAAAUCAAAUACUAUUAA